CAAAUUUUGGAACCACAUCAUAUCCAACAACUAAUAGCAUUACUUCUUUUGGAAAUUUGUCAUCCAACUUUAGUUCGCCAAAUCUGACAACUUCAACAUCGCUUGAUAUAUUUAAUAAUAGCCAACAACAACCGUCUAACUCUACUGAUAAAAAACAUCCUGAAUUGGCAGCCAUCAUUGGAAAUAUGGGGUCCAAUUCAACGGGUGAUAUUAGUCAGGCCAAUCCAUUCCUUAAUAGUGGAGACACAAACAACCCUGGAGGUGGAGCUUUUAAUACCCUUCCGUCUAGUUUCAAUUCUCCACCUGCUAAAAAUGAUUUCCUUAAUACAUUUAGUACAAACAUCAAUCAGCCUGCAUCGUCAUUUUCUACUUCAUCUUAUACAACGACUAGCCUUCCCACUAGCAAUAGUCUUAUUGACCUUGAUACAGGCAGCUUUAGCAGCCAAGUCAGCAAAAACCCUUUUCAAACACAACAGACAAUGAUUCCAAGCGAUAUUAACAAACCAAAAUCUCUCAUAGACAUUCAACGAGAGCAGCAGCUCCUUCAACAAUCACAAGGGUUAAAUUUAUUCGAACAGCCUAAUCAAG